AUGAUUACAACAACAACCAUAAUAAUUACAUCAAUAACGGUACCAACAACUACAAUUACAUUAAUUGAAGCUAGCGUUAAUAGUUCAUUAAAGAUUUGCUCAACAUUAUUUAAUCCACCAAAAUAG